AUGAUUCGUCAUCGAUCAAAGUGCAGCUGUUCGGAUUGGGAAAAACCUAUUCCGGAGGAAUUGCAGGAUAAGUGGCGGUGUUGGUGUGAGUACAAGCAGCGCUUGGAAGAGGUGGCAGUACCGCGAUGCUUCUUCAAGGGAGUGAACAGCUCGGCUCUCGAGAACGUCGAGGCACAUCUAUUCGUAGAUGCGAGCGAAGUGGCUUGCGCAGCAGUUUUGUAUCUUCGCUUCGUGGACAACGGUUCUCCUCGAUGCGCGCUGGUGGUGGCUAAAACAAAAGUCGCUCCGCUGAAAUCCCUUUCCGUGCCACGUCUGGAGCUACAAGCGGCGAUGAUUGGAACAAGACUGCUCGACUCAGUGUUGACUUCGCUGGAUUUCCAGGUUAACAAGCGCUUCCUUUGCCGACGGUAUCACCAAUUUGUGGCCUUUCGAGUGGAAGAGAUACUCACAUCUACUAGCGUAGAUGAGUGGCACCACGUGCCUUCCAAACUGAACAUUACUGACGCGGCCACGAAAUGGAAAGACGGACCCAGCUUCGAUCCAAAUAACUCUUGGUAUAGUGCGUCUCAGAAGCAGAAGGAAACGGACAUCGAUUUGCGAGCUGAAUUCUUGUUCCAUGGAUCUACGCCUCAACCGUUGAUCGCCGUAUCCCGAUUCUCGAACUGA